GUAUAGCGCCUCUUUCUGUCGAUCGACUCGAUUCACGGAUGCAAAUUUAUACACGAACAGGCAAUGACAGAGGGUUUACAUAAAGAUCUGCUUUCUAAACUGAUAGGCAAUGCAUUUUACUGAAUCCACGUUAAAAAGUGAUAUUUUUCGUAAAUAAUGGCAGCGCCACAAAGUGGAUCAGGCAAAAAGAAGGCAGAUGUGAAAGUAGUAAUAGUAGGAGAAGCAUUUGUUGGCAAGACAACGUUGGUGAAACGCUAUAUGGACGGCCAGUUUACACACAAUGUUGGAACUAUUGGAGCAUGUUUUUCAUUGAAACAGUGGGGGCAGUAUAACAUAGCAAUAUGGGACACUGCUGGAGAAGAGAGGUUUUCUGGGUUGAGCUCCUUCUAUUGCAGAGAUGCCUCUGCUGCAAUCCUAGCCUAUGACAUUGGAAACAAGAAGACUUUUGAAAUGUUAGAGAAAAGAUUCCUUCCUCUUCUUGAUGCAGCCAAAGAGGACUGUCUAUUUUGUGUGACCGGUACAAAACUCGACCUUGUAAAAAACCUAAGCGACAGUGCCACAAACGGACACGAUGCCGGAUCAAAAACGAUAGAGAAUAAAAAGAAUGCCCGCCAAGUCACUCAACAGGAGGCGGUAGAAUUUGCAAUGCAAAUCAAUGAACCGCGAUUUAAAAACAAAAAACCUGAAACACGACCAUUUUUCGAGACCAGUUCGCUAACAGGCGAAAAUGUGUGCGAUGUUUUUGAGUACAUUUUUCAAGAGUUAUUGCCAAUAGGAGAGGAUAGGAUGACAACGAGAGGAAGCAAACAAGUUAAGGACAAGAACGUUAUUUCGGUGGAUAAUGAGCCUACAACUGAACGAAAAAAACCCUGUUGUUGAAAUUCUUUGACAAGUGCAAACAGAGCCAAUUCAAUCUACAUGACUAAAACUGAGCCAAUAAAUAUUUGAUGAUCUGUAGGAUAUGCUGGUUGUUGGUACCGUCAACACCUAAUUAACUUUGUUGCUGGAGUUAGACCAAAGAUCAGUGCUGGAAAAUGCUAUAUAGAUGAUUUCACACAGUCUUUCAGCAAAUAAUAUUGAAAAUUAUAAUGUUUUUAUAUUAUACAGCAUUUUUACAAAUUUUUGGAGCGGUUUUUUAGGAAAUAUAAUGUGUCGUCCAUCCCCUGAGGAGUAUUCUUACCAAUGCACCAGUGCAAUGCAAACAUCAAUACAAACAUUAAAAAUACACAGUACUGCCACUGAAAAAUGGGGUAAUUUUAAUUUUAAGUUAAUAGCUGAACAAUUUUGAACUAGAGAAAAUUGUCCUCGCAUAUACACAUUUUCAGUAACUGUAAACAAUACAUAUUCCUGUAGUUUUGCAUACCCUUUAAAUUUCCGGCAGCAAAUUUAAGGAUAAGUAUAGUAAAAUGCCUAUUUAUGUAAAUUAUUUUUGGAUGGCAGUAUAUAAUCUUAAAAUAUCCUACAAAUCUAUAAUCAAAAUCAAAUAGACAGUGUUUUUUACAUUAUACUAUUAUAUGGUAAUAUAGCAUAUUUAGGCUACAGCGUAUUUGUAUGAAUUGAAUUGAAUUUAUUAGUAAUCAGAGUAGUAAAAUACAUACAUAAACAUGAUAUACGAAAAAUGGACAAGAUAAAAAAUUGCACAAAAACAUGACUGUAAUUACAUGAAGGAAAAGCCAAAAAAAGUAAAACUCAUUUUCCAUUGGGGUCCUUAUGCCCAUAUACUCAUGAUAUGAUGUCAUCAUGACCAUAUUUAGACAUGUUUAUGAUGAUCAUACAGCUCCAAGUUCCAUACAAUCUUUGUGUUGUUAAAUGUUACUCUCUCAGCUGUGUGUUUACAGUAGCUUGGUCUAAUUCAUGAAUAAGAUCAUUAUGUCGUUAUAUAUCCAGUGUUUGUCUUGGACAAUUUUUACACCUGCUCUUAUUUGUAUAUUAUAUAUAUUGGCAUCACCUACAGUCAGAGCAUAUGAAUAUGUUAUGUAUCGUAUUAUUAUAUAUUUGUUAAGUUUGUGAUUUUAAAAGUAUUUUCUGUUUAGAUUUGAUUAAAAUACCAACGUGAAUAAAAAUUUUUAAUAUAUAAAUUAUACACCGGUAAUAAUAGAAGGAUUUGCAUUGAAGACAAGAAGUUAGUAAAUAAAUGAAGUAUAUAGUCUGAAGUUGUCGAUUAUUCAUGAAAUUAGAUUCGUUUACCUUGUAUACCCUUUAGACCUAUAAUAUUGCAAUGAUAUUUAUAACUUUCACCACAUAAUUUACAGUAAUUUACAUACAUUGUAUCAUCAUCAUCUUACAGUAUGCCAUUUUCAGUCCUCUGUUGGUCAAAAUCCUCAGCAUCAUAGAUCUGUUCUAGUAUAAUAAGAUAGUAACUCAACAUAAGAUCAUAGAAUGACAGCUUGACUAGAUGUAAAGCAAUAAAGUUUAACUGGCUAUUAUAUUUUUAUCUGCCCUACUUCAUUACCAGUGCAUUUUAGAAGUGCAUAAUAAUUACUACUAAGGUAUGGAUGAGAAGAAGUAUACUUUCUUAAUAUCAUUUAAAAGGCAUUUAUUUAGUCAUGAAUCAAGUGUAUGUUAGUUUACAAUAUUUUUUUGUUUUCAUGCAUUCUAUAUUUGUAGCACAAGGUUUUUUAUUGUUCAACAAAGCUGGAUAGGACAGUUUGUGCAUGGUUUAUAAAGUGAAUUACUAUAAACAACUCACAAAGGAAAGUCUUGCUCGUUCGAUGAUUAAAAGGCCCGAAUUAAAAUGACUAGAAGCUGAAGAAAAUGAAGAAAUCAUUUUGUAGCUUUUUGUAAGAAAACAGGAAACAAUAUUAUGUUUCUAUUUCUAGAUGUGGCAGGAAGUUGAGAGAAGUUAAAUUAUAGUUUUGUAUGAAAUACAGAAGAGAACAGUUUACAGUAGUCUAGACAGACAAAAAUAUCAUCACUCAUGGACGAUACGUAGAUUAGAUUAUAAAAUAACCUAUGGAAUUAUAUAUUUUUAAUUAACUUAUGUUGCUAGAUAUAGCAAAAUUGAACAAAUUCAGUAUAAAAUUGUACAUUUAACUGAUUUUUUUAGUCAAUAAGUCAUAAAUAAGACCUUGUUUACACUAUAAUAGUCAGAAUAAAAAGGUACAUUCAACUGAGUUUGAUAGUGAAUAACUUGUAAUUAAAUUACAUCUUACUUUUAUUAGUGUACACAGAGAUUAAAACCAUAUUUUAGACUAAUAAAGUUUUAAAUAAACUUAACCUUUAUUCACUAUAACAUCAAAUCAUUCAGUGAUAUCUACCAGAUUUUGGUAGCAAAAACCAGAAGGAAUUUUGCAAGUAAAAUAAACCAAUGAAGUUAAUUUUUUUUGUCAAAUAUGUAAUUAAGCAUUCAAAAUCAUUGUUUUAUAAAAAUUAUUGUUUAUGUAAUUUGAGUAUUUAUACAAAGUGUAGCAAGUAGUAAGUGGAGUCGUAAGCAAAUUUCACGAGUAAAUUCAACCACUAAAGCCAUUUUUUUCCCUUCAAAUAUAUAUAAUUAAAGCAUUUAAAAAAUCAUCCUUGGAUGAAAAAUAUUGCUUAUGUUAUGAGUAUUUAUGUAUAUAUACAAAGUGUAUAGUUGAUUUUAAUGUAUUUUAUCAAAGGUGCAAACUUUUCUCUCCGAUAAAACUUAGUGACUACUUACUAAGGCCUCUACUUCAAAAUGCUUAUGUUUACAAAAUAGGAUGAUGUAGUGCUUAGAACAUUUUUAGAAUAGUUAACUAUUGGAGAUUCUUUGGUGUCUGGUUAAAGUCUAUCAUUGCUGUCAUUUGGUUAUAUCUCGAGAGCAGGCGCACACUGUGUUGGCGACGGUAACCGCCAUGAGUUCAUGCGCCCUGAAUACAACUGUGACUGAUGGAUUGUUUUUUUAACAACAAUCCACUCCGAGUGCCAACAAUGAUCACUAAACUGAUGUUCCCUUGAACAAGUGCUCACCCAGAGCAUGGACAAAUUCUUCGGCAAACUAUCAGGUGACACAUAUUGUGCUAGGCUCUCGUAUACUGUAUGUGUUAUGUCUUCAUAUGUUAAAGUAUUAUAUUAUAACAUUUUAUUUUAAAUCAUACAAUUUUAUGUUUAUUCAGAUGGUAAUCUUAUGUUAAAAUGUAAUAUUUUAAAUGAAAUUGUAUUGUAAGAUAUAAUUUGAUUCUGUGCUAAGUGCUAACAUUUUAUAUCAAAUAAAUGAUAAAAUAAAUCUUU